CUAACAGCAACUGCCAGCCAGCAAAAGUAGAUAACAAGAGGUGAACUUUCAGUCUGCUUUAGCCUGAAACUUGAAUCUUGGUGGAAAAGGGAUUUUAUCUGUUGGAAGUAGUAACUGGAGGCACAUCAGGCAUCCUCUAUUCAGUGGUCAAGUCUUCAAAGGAUUUGAGAGCAGUGGAAGUUCUUGCAUCUGGAAAGCUCUCCUGAGCUACACUCUUCAGUGCCAAAAUUGGGUGCCACCCUUUUCCACACCUCCUACCUCCUCCUUAAGUGACUCAGCUUCUGAAGGAGAAACCUCCUUACUUUUCAGGCAGCUGGAUGGGGAAGAACAGUUCAGCUCUCAGUCUGCUUUGAUUGUGCUUCCUCCAGGUUGACUAACCACACUGAGCCACGCUAGGACACUGACUUCUACCAUACCUGGAUUCCUGCAGAAGGACAACAUCCUACAGAGCAAAUGUCAGCCUUCAGCAUACGAAAACAGUCUCCUAAUCAAAGCGAUAAGAAGAGCCCCUCUGUUGCAAUUAAAAGCAGACAACAGGCUACUCAUGAUAUUAAUAAACGACGGACCCUUUUGCAAGAUAACAGCUGGAUAAAGAAGAGGCCUGAGGAGGAAAGUGCUGAUGAAAACUACGGAAGGGCUGUCCUUAACCAAUACAAAUCCCAAGAUAGCCUACACAGCAGUAGCACAAAUGAAAAGGAAGAUCAGAAAGCUGUACUUGGACGAUACAGAUCUGAUACCACCUUGGACAGAAUUCCAGCUGGAAAUGAUACUGAUAAAAUAAAUAAGUCCCCAACUCUCAAUCAUAAGCAAAACAACAGACAGUCUUGGGCUCCUAAUGCAGCAUCCACAAACACUGCAGCUACUUCUCCAAUCAAGAAAAAAAGGCAGUCUUGGAUGCCUCCUCCAGUUUCAAGUAGUAAGACCCCGACAGAAGCAGAGGAAAGCAAACGAACCUCUUCAGAAAAUUCAGAGGCUCCAACAACGGCUGCCCUUUCAUCAGAACAGGUGACCCGUCAGAAAUCAAAGUCUGAUGUGGACGAUCAGGCUACAGCAAGGAACCAAGACCUCGAUAACCUCAGCAAAGAGAAUCCAAGUUCUUUCACAAGUGACAAGGAAGGAAAAGACCUUCCUGAUUUUACUGGAAAAAAUACUGCUGAUCAGGAAAAUAAGAGAGAGGAGGACCAUGGUGAUCACACUGAAGUAAAGUCUGCUGAUGACCAAAGUAAAAAGUGGAUAAUUGAGAAAGCGUAUGAAAACCCUCCAAGGGCUCCAAAUAAUCUCCCAGAAACAAACUACUCUAGUAACAGUGAAAGAAGGACCAGCAAAUCAUCAUAUGGUGCCUAUGAAGAAAAUAUAACUGGAAAUACUAUCAAAACUGUUUAUUCUACUUCUGAUCGGAGUAUAAUUGGAAAAGAUAUAUGUACAUACUGCAGGAAGCCCUUGGGCAUAGAUGCCAAAAUGAUCUUAGAUGCCUUGCAAAUUUACUGUCACUCGACUUGCUUCAAGUGCGAAGUAUGUAAGAGACCUCUGGAAGAUCUAAAAGCUGGAGACAGCAUUUGGAUUUACAAACAAACUGUGCACUGUGAGCCUUGCUAUUCCAAAGUUAAAGAAAAAUGGAUCUACUAAUUUUGACAUACAGAACGCAUGAUGAAGAAGUUACUGUUGUUUAGUUAAUUGUACUGGCCUGUUAAUUCAAAACACUGUGGGAAAUUAUUCACUUUUACUUCUGGGAGUUUUCUAAAUGAAGUCCUACUGCAUGGUUAUCAAAGGAAUUAAUUUAACGAGAAUUUAGAUGCACUUUCAUACACACAUUGCAGGAAGCAAAACAAGAUAUUGGUCAGUAUAUUUAUCAUAUCUGUGAAAUCACAAAAUCGUACGUAAAAUCAAUGAUAAAUUACUGAAAUUUUCUGAAUGUCAGGACACUCCUACAUAUUUUGAAGGGGCUUCAUACAUGUUUUGAAGGGUAUGUAUUUUCUUUUGUGAAAACAUAUCUCCUCCAAUAUAAAGAUCUGUUGGCUUACUAUAGCAUGAACGGGAUUCAUCUCGUCAAGAUUAGCUAUUUAGAAGUCAGCAAUUCAGUUUAAACUAGUGUUUUCAUGAAGAGGGAUGUGGGUUCAUACUCCACCUUCAAGGAGAGACAUCAACCUCCAGAGGAAGGUUCCUCUCAAGUAACUUAAAUUAUAAGUUUGAAAUGAAACAAAUUAUCUUUGGAAAAUGCAUCUCUAUUACUGCAGGAGGAUUCUAGACAAAAAUUGAUAGAGGGUUUUAAGUAGAACAACCCCACUCCAUGUUUGUAAUUUUGGUAACUAUUUUAUCAUCAUUUUUUUAAGAAGUGCACACUUAAUAGUUGACAUGAAAUAAUGAAAUACAUACUUUGCAUGAUAUUAUGCUGUAUUUGUCUUUCCUACUUUAUUAAAUUGACUAUCUAAACACUUUGGAUGGAUUCAUCUCGCCUAAAUUUAUAUAUCUACAGUGUAGACUUUUGUUUCUGAGUAACUUGAUCUAUUCUGUUUUAUAUAGAGAAGCAGACAUUUUUAGGAAGCAAUUCAAUUGGUCAGAUUGCAAACGUCCAUUUUACUGUGACGUUAACCCUGUAUGAAUGUACAUCUUACUUCCACAGUUUGCAAAGGAACCUGGAAUGAAGAGCUCAGAUUUCUAGACAUCUACACUAGGUCAGAUACACUCCUUCCUUUGAGACUACAGUGAAAAUAUUUUCCUUUUGGAGAGUAUAUGUGUAUACAAGUAUAGAAAUCAAAAGAAGAAUUCAUGCUUUGUUGUAAUAUGUUGCCGAAAAUAAUCAAUAGUUCAGUAGCUUACUGGACAGACGAAGGUAUUGACUACUAGUCUUUGUCAUGAGAUGCUUAGAAGAUUAUGGUUAUUCAGAACUGAUUUUUCUGCCUUACAUCUCAGUUUUAAAGGACUUCCUGGAUAUGACCAUGACAGAGUUAGUGUUUGGAGGCUACUGGACCUAGGCAAGAGCUUAGAAGCAUGCGAAGUAUUAAAGCCAUAGAUUAAUAAUGGUGAGUGGCUGUCCCAGUCAAAUUCUCUCUCCAUGACUGCACAUUUCAUAGUGGAGGCAGGAGGUAUGGAUGUCAGUGUAAUUUAAACCAUUGGGCCUGCAGCUGGAUAAGGAUGUAAUCGAUCUUGUCUGGCUUAAAGGAUGUUCAGACUGAUUAUGCAAUGGAGACAUGAGACAGUGGAUAUUUUGUUUUGUUAAUUUUAUGAAUACCUUAUGAAUUAAUGUCAGUAGCUCAAAUAAAUCUGUAGUUAUUGAUA